AUGUACUUGUCCAAUCUCGCCGUUGUUUUAUCCCUGGCAGCCGCCUCCAUCGCUGCGCCAGCCACCAGUUUCGCCCCCUAUAAGCGUGCCGACGUCCUCACGUUCCGGAAAUACAAUGACUUUCAAAUUUCGGACGGUGUCGCUGGAAAUGCCUUGGCCGAGGUGAAUGCAGCGUUCCCGGUCGACAUGUCCGACCCGGCCGCAGUAUCCACCAACGAUCUCAACAUCCUCAUUGCGGCGCGGCAGACGGCCGAAAACGCCGAGGCGGCAUUCAACACAGCCAUUGGGCCCACGGCGUCGGGGACCGACGAGGCCGCCCUCGAGGUCGGCAAGAUCAAGAACAAGGUGCUCAAGCUGCGCACGUUUGAGAUGCUCGUCACGGUGCAAAUGGCCCAGGGCGCCACCGACAAGGCCGCCCAGCUCGCGGAUAUCCAGGCCAAGCUCAAGACCAAUGUCGGUAUCGAUUCGGCUUCUGCGGGCGAUGCUAGCCAGAGUGUUAGUUUUACUGAUGAUGUGCAGCCGCAGUAG